ACACGGCUUACAGAUCGGACCGGCGCACCCUCGAGCAGAUGGCGCCUUUGACAAGGAUCUCGAGCUCUCCGGUCGGUUCGCGCGGGCAUUUCGACAACGCAUCAUGGACAAGAGGCAGCAGACCGACAUGGCAGCUCAAGGUGUCUUUAAGAUAGCAUCAUUCGUUGGGCCUCCUCGCCGCCAACCAGCCAUCGCUCCCCUGGUGGUCACCUGGCACAUCAUGGCCAAAAACGUGCCGUGCGGACAGGCGGGAGAGGACCGUCACAGAGCUGGCGCGCCAGGUGCUCAGCCAGAUCAUUCAUCCUCCACCCCCGGUCUACGACGACUUGAGCAACGUAGGUCGACUCGUCAUCCGCUCCGAGUCUCUUCCACACUGGGACAUCCCCCUUGCUCAACGAUGGGCCCAUCGUCAUGCGCUCGAUCCCAGGUCACAAUUGUAUUGGCCAAGAUAGUAGUUCCCGUCGGCAUGCCACACGUCGUAUCGUCCAACUGGAGGGCUGGGUUCAGCUUCCACCCAUUCGCUGUAGCUCACUCUUGGGAACGCCAAUGUGCACAUGCGUGGCGCCGGGAAACCCAUUGGGCAUCCCAGCCAGAUACUGCAAAACAUCCCAACGCCCUGUCCUACCUCUUGAAUAUGUUGAGGAGUCCACGAGAUGAUGUCAAACAGCGGCUCGGAUCCACAUUCGCGAGCGACUGCCAGCGCAUCGACAAUGGCCGUAAAAUGACAGUGGAUACCUGGCAUGAUGAAUGUUGCCGUCGAUGUCGCUCGGGUCGAUGUCGUUUUCGGGUCGAUCUCGGUUUGCUCCCGUGGCCACAGCCCAGGUUGACUGGACCCACCGCCUUGUCUGGACUCUUCUUUGGGUUGUUUUUUUUUUUCGGGUCGAUCUCGCCCAACUCAUAAAGGGUUCUUCGCUGUUCUCCUCUUCAGGUAUUUCAGCCUGUGGUGUAGACGAUCGCGCGAGCUUCAGACGGACACGGGCAGGGAAGGGAGAGGUAGAGUUCCAUAGUUUAGACGUUCGAAUAUGUAUACCUUUGUGGCUUCAAUGUCCAAGUUCGUUCCAAGUUGCGCUCGAACAAGAUGUCCAAGUUGACCAUCCACACGAUUGA